GACUCGGGCCGGGGAGGGGGAGCCGCCCGCGCGCCCCCUCCCCCUCCCCCUGCCGCUCCCGGGCGGGUGGCCGGGGGAGGGCGGCGGCUGUCCGUAUAUAUCGCGGCGCGCCCCGCCAGGUCGCGCACAGCGCCCCGAGCCGGCGCCUCCCCGCCCCCUCCCCGCGCCCCACGGUAGCGGCGGCAGCGGCAGCAACAUGGCUGUUGACGGGUGCUCGGGGUGGCGCUGGCGGCGGGUGGAGCUCCCCCGAGCCCCUGCGCCGGCCGCCCGUUGCUAGCUAUGGCAAAUGGUGGCGGCGGCGGCGGCGGCAGCAGCGGUGGCGGCGGCGGCGGCGGCGGCGGAGGCAGCGGUCUUAGAAUGAGCAGCAAUAUCCACGCGAGCCAUCUCAGCCUAGACGCGUCCUCCUCCUCUUCCUCCUCCUCUUCUUCCUCCUCCUCCUCCUCUUCCUCUUCGUCCUCGGUCCACGAGCCCAAGAUGGAUGCGCUCAUCAUCCCGGUGACCAUGGAGGUGCCGUGCGACAGCCGGGGCCAGCGCAUGUGGUGGGCUUUCCUGGCCUCCUCCAUGGUGACUUUCUUCGGGGGCCUUUUCAUCAUCUUGCUCUGGCGGACGCUCAAGUACCUGUGGACCGUCUGCUGCCACUGCGGGGGCAAGGCGAAGGAGGCCCAGAAGAUUAACAAUGGCUCAAGCCAGGCAGACGGCACACUCAAGCCGGUGGACGAAAAAGAGGAGGCGGUGGCUGCGGAGGUUGGUUGGAUGACCUCUGUGAAGGACUGGGCGGGGGUGAUGAUAUCCGCCCAGACGCUGACCGGCAGAGUCCUGGUUGUCUUAGUCUUUGCUCUCAGCAUUGGUGCACUUGUAAUAUACUUCAUAGAUUCAUCCAACCCAAUAGAAUCCUGCCAGAAUUUCUACAAAGAUUUCACAUUACAGAUCGACAUGGCUUUCAACGUGUUCUUCCUCCUCUACUUUGGCUUGCGGUUUAUUGCAGCCAAUGAUAAGCUGUGGUUCUGGUUGGAAGUGAACUCUGUUGUAGAUUUCUUCACAGUCCCCCCAGUGUUUGUGUCUGUGUACUUAAACAGAAGUUGGCUCGGUUUGAGGUUUCUAAGAGCUCUCAGACUGAUACAGUUUUCAGAAAUUUUGCAGUUUCUGAAUAUUCUGAAAACAAGUAAUUCCAUCAAGCUGGUGAAUCUGCUGUCCAUCUUCAUCAGCACCUGGCUAACUGCGGCCGGCUUCAUCCACUUGGUGGAAAAUUCAGGAGAUCCAUGGGAGAAUUUCCAGAACAAUCAGGCUCUCACGUACUGGGAGUGCGUCUAUCUCCUCAUGGUCACCAUGUCCACCGUGGGUUACGGGGACGUAUACGCAAAAACCACGCUUGGGCGCCUCUUCAUGGUCUUCUUCAUCCUCGGGGGACUGGCCAUGUUUGCCAGCUACGUCCCUGAAAUCAUAGAGCUCAUAGGAAACCGCAAGAAAUACGGGGGCUCCUAUAGUGCGGUUAGUGGAAGAAAGCACAUUGUGGUCUGUGGACACAUCACACUGGAGAGCGUUUCCAACUUCCUGAAGGACUUUCUACACAAAGACCGAGAUGACGUCAAUGUGGAGAUUGUGUUUCUUCACAACAUUUCCCCUAACCUGGAGCUUGAAGCUCUGUUCAAAAGACAUUUUACUCAGGUGGAAUUUUAUCAGGGUUCGGUCCUCAAUCCACAUGAUCUUGCAAGAGUCAAGAUAGAGUCAGCAGAUGCAUGUCUGAUCCUGGCCAACAAGUACUGUGCGGACCCGGAUGCAGAAGACGCCUCUAACAUCAUGAGAGUCAUCUCCAUAAAGAACUACCAUCCGAAGAUAAGGAUCAUCACGCAGAUGCUGCAGUAUCACAAUAAGGCCCAUCUGCUAAACAUCCCAAGCUGGAAUUGGAAAGAGGGUGAUGACGCAAUCUGCCUUGCAGAACUCAAGUUGGGUUUCAUAGCCCAGAGCUGCCUGGCCCAAGGCCUCUCCACGAUGCUCGCCAAUCUCUUCUCCAUGAGGUCGUUCAUAAAGAUCGAGGAAGAUACAUGGCAGAAAUACUACUUGGAAGGAGUCUCAAAUGAAAUGUACACAGAAUAUCUUUCCAGUGCCUUCGUGGGUCUGUCCUUCCCUACUGUUUGUGAGCUGUGUUUUGUGAAGCUCAAGCUCCUUAUGAUAGCCAUUGAGUACAAGUCUGCCAACCGAGAGAGCCGUAUAUUAAUUAACCCUGGAAAUCAUCUUAAGAUCCAAGAAGGCACUUUAGGAUUUUUCAUCGCAAGUGAUGCCAAAGAAGUCAAAAGGGCAUUUUUUUACUGCAAGGCCUGUCAUGAUGACAUCACAGAUCCCAAAAGAAUAAAAAAAUGCGGCUGCAAACGGCCCAAGAUGUCCAUCUACAAGAGAAUGAGACGGGCAUGUUGUUUUGAUUGCGGACGUUCUGAGCGUGACUGCUCGUGCAUGUCAGGCCGUGUGCGUGGUGACGUGGACACCCCUGGGAGAGCCUUCCCACUUUCUUCUGUCUCUGUUAGUGAUUGCUCCACCAGUUUCCAUGCCUUUGAAGAUGAGCAGCCGUCAACACUGUCACCCAAAAAAAAGCAACGGAAUGGAGGCAUGCGGAACUCGCCCAACUCCUCCCCGAAGCUGAUGAGACAUGACCCUUUGUUAAUUCCUGGCAAUGAUCAGAUUGACAACAUGGACUCCAACGUGAAGAAAUAUGACUCUACAGGGAUGUUUCAUUGGUGUGCACCCAAAGAGAUAGAAAAAGUCAUCCUGACACGCAGCGAAGCCGCCAUGACCGUCCUGAGCGGCCAUGUGGUGGUCUGCAUCUUCGGUGACGUCAGCUCAGCCCUGAUUGGUCUGCGGAACCUGGUGAUGCCACUCCGUGCCAGCAACUUCCAUUACCAUGAGCUCAAGCACAUUGUGUUUGUGGGCUCCAUUGAGUACCUCAAGCGGGAAUGGGAGACACUUCAUAACUUCCCCAAAGUGUCCAUAUUGCCUGGUACGCCAUUAAGUCGGGCUGAUUUAAGGGCUGUCAACAUCAACCUCUGUGACAUGUGCGUUAUCCUGUCAGCCAAUCAGAAUAAUAUUGAUGAUACUUCGCUGCAGGACAAGGAAUGCAUCUUGGCGUCACUCAACAUCAAAUCUAUGCAGUUUGAUGACAGCAUCGGGGUCUUGCAGGCGAAUUCCCAAGGAUUCACACCUCCAGGAAUGGACAGAUCCUCUCCAGAUAACAGCCCAGUGCACGGGAUGUUACGCCAGCCAUCCAUCACCACCGGGGUCAACAUCCCCAUCAUCACAGAACUAGUGAAUGACACUAAUGUUCAGUUUUUGGACCAAGACGAUGAUGACGACCCUGACACAGAACUGUACCUCACACAGCCCUUUGCCUGUGGGACAGCCUUUGCCGUCAGCGUCCUGGACUCGCUCAUGAGUGCGACAUACUUCAAUGACAAUAUCCUUACCCUGAUACGGACCCUGGUGACCGGAGGGGCCACGCCGGAGCUGGAGGCUCUGAUCGCCGAGGAGAACGCACUUCGAGGGGGCUACAGCACCCCCCAGACACUGGCCAACAGGGACCGCUGCCGCGUGGCCCAGUUAGCUCUGCUGGAUGGGCCCUUCGCGGACUUGGGGGAUGGCGGUUGUUAUGGUGAUCUGUUUUGCAAAGCUCUGAAAACAUACAAUAUGCUUUGUUUUGGAAUCUACCGGCUGAGAGAUGCCCACCUCAGCACCCCCAGCCAGUGUACGAAGAGGUAUGUCAUCACCAACCCCCCCUACGAGUUUGAGCUCGUGCCGACGGACCUGAUCUUCUGCUUAAUGCAGUUUGACCACAACGCCGGCCAGUCCCGGGCCAGCCUGUCCCAUUCCUCCCACUCGUCGCAGUCCUCCAGCAAGAAGAGCUCCUCUGUUCACUCCAUCCCAUCCACAGCAAACCGACAGAACCGACCCAAGUCCAGGGAGUCCCGGGACAAACAGAAGUACGUGCAGGAAGAGCGGCUUUGAUAUGUGUAUCCACCGCCACCAUGUGUGAAACUGUAUCUGCCGCUCAUUUUCCCAGUUGGUGUCCCCAACAAAGUCACUUUUCCCUGUUUUUUUUUCCCUGUAGUCCCUCCCCUUUUUUACACAUAUUUGCAUAUGUAUGAUAGUGUGCAUGUGAUUGUCAUUUUUAUUUCACCACCAUAAAACCCUUGAGCACAAUGGCAGAUAAGUAGACGGACCAAAAGUUAUUUAUGAUUCUGGGAGAGGGGGAGGAGAUCCCCACAGCACGCGCCACACGUCAGUCAGCAGCUCACUGCAGGAAGGAGUUUACAGAUGAGAAGGGAGCCCUUGCCAUCCGUGUGGGUCAGGCAAAGCUAGUUUAUCUCAUGGAAUGGAAAAUCAGGACUAUCAGGGUGCUUUGGGUUUUGGCUUUUUUUUUUUUUUUGUAAUUGUUUUCUUUUUUAUACACAUACACACAGGAUUUAGUGCACAUUUAUUUGAAACAAGCUAUCAAAAAGCAGUGAAAGCUAUCAACUGUUUCCACUCUCUGGGCUGAAGCAUUGUAAAGCAUUUCAGAAGCUUCCACGGUUUAUAUAGAUGAUUACUUAAGCACCUACUUCUUGCAAGGGAACAUCUGAGGUUUUUGUUUUGUUGUUGUUGCUAUUUUUUUCCAGUUACUCACCAAAGCCUGUGUCCCAGAGUCCUUUGGGAAUUCUAUGAACAUUUCUACCAUUUACUAUGGAGGGAAGAAUAGUAUUCCACUCAUGGCUCUAUCAGAUUCUAGGCAUUUAGAUUAAGUGAAAAGAGAUUUGAUUGUAUAUUAAAUUGUUAUUCUGCCUCCUUAUGCUGCCAUCAGAAUAGCUAUUUUUUUCUUUCACUUUUGACAUUUGGGAUGAAAAGCCAUAUGUAUCAUAAAUAUCAGAUGUAAGUCAUUAAAAACUGCCUUCCUGGGACUUUUACAUCCUUUAAAAGGUGAAUUACUUACCUUAUGUACAGAAUAAAUAAUGCUCCAGAAAGAGCAAGUAUUUUUCCAUGCAGUCUCAGGGGAACUUUUUACUCCCCUUUGUUUGAGUAACAAGUGCAGGCAGGAGCUGAGGGCUGGGGCGGUGCUGGAAAGAGAAGAGAAGCCCAGUAGCAAAUUCUGUGUUUCUAGGAUCCCACUUGCUAAAUGAACCAGGGUAUAGGCAGACCCGGUGUCAGUGGCCUCGGCCAAGACAAAAGCCAGCUACGACUGUACGGGUGGGCGCAUCUGCCUGGUGCUGGCCGUGUCCGAGCAGAAGGCUAGGACGAGAGCAUUCCUUGGCCUCUGUUUUUUCACACACAGCCAAUUCACUUAGGUGAGUGACCUUGGUGGAGAACUUCCCCCUCAUCAUUGCGUGCCGAGGGAUGAGAGAAAUGCAAGUGUUAGCCAAACACCUUUUAGGAAAGUUCUGCUUUUGUUUUCUUUCUUGCUUUUUUUUCCUUAGCAGUUGGGGAGCGUAAGAGCAAAGGUAGAAGAGGCGCUUUGUCAACAUAUAGAGUAAUGAGACGUUUCUUGCAGGCAGAGCAUGCUUUAAGACAGUGCAGCAGCUAUCAAAAAUUGGCCGUCUCCACCAUGACCAAAUUCUUGGGUGGACGGGUUGGCCCUGGACUGGGAGAGGUAGAUUCCCAAUGUCUACCUUACAGAAUUCCAUUGAGGCCAGGAGAGGGUGAAAGGGUGGAGGCCGUGUCACAGCUGUACCGUCUCAAAAAAAAAAGGUGCUUUUAUGGUGAAUGUUUUGGGUUUAGCUUUUAGAACCCUACCCCCUGGAGCAUGACAGCUUGGGAGAUUUGCUUGCUGUGUGAAUUGACAAGCACUUUUACUGACAAAACAGGGACGCUCGGUCACAACUUCCACCUUCUUGCAACCGAGACAGGGGCAGUGCAGUAGUGAAAGCAGUAGCUGGGUGGGGAAUAAUUGUAUACCUACAUAUUACAAAGUCCUAGGAGUGAAAGAAUUUUUUUCUAAUCAUUUUUGCCCCUAUAUAUAUUGAUUUAUGUAUGAUGUAUAACUCUUUAUAUAUAUAAAUAUAUAUAUAUACAAAUAUAUAUAUACAUAUAUGUAUAUAUAUAAAACUCUACACAUUUCCCCUAGUUUGGGAUCAUGAAAAGCUCUUUAUGCGUUCUUUGCAUAGGAGGUCAUAAAGUUGCGCCCCCAGAACAUUUAUAAGAAUGUGCCAGUUAAAGUGCUCAACAGGAAGUAUGACAGUUUAAAAGCGUUGUAAAACUCACAUAGCUUACUUCUCUCUCUAAAGUGCAACAAGGAUGAAUAGGAUGGGCCAAGGUAUGACAAUCAAUGGUUCUGCAUGACCUAGCCACUGCUGGGGGUUUUCUUCUAUAACGUUGUCCUUGUGAAAACUUUUGUGAAAUUAAAAAAAAAAAGGAGUUACAAAUU